GUGGGACGGGGCGGAUGGCCGGGCCCGAGUUGGGGGCGAGGCGGGAUGGGGCCGGAGGCCGGACACCAGCCCCGGAGCGGAGCGGUGAGAUGGUGCCAGCGGGCGGCCUUGGGGCCAACUUGACGCCUAGACUUGGGCCAGGAGCCCGGGGCGGUGUGCGGCCUGGGAGUCCCUGGUACUGGGUCAGAAAGGAGCCACGUUGGAAGAGGGUUGUGAGAGGCAGCGUUGAAGAAUGUGUGGACGAACAUCCUGUCACUUACCUAGAGAUGUACUCACAAGAGCUUGUGCCUAUCAUGAUCGGCAGGGCCAACAGAGGCUCCCAGAGUGGAGAGACCCUGACAAGUAUUACCCCUCGUACAACAAGAGCCCUCAAUCAAGCAGCCCAGUGCUUCUAUCUCGACUACACUUUGAGAAGCUUGUGGGAUCCAAUUCAAGAAUCCAUCCACCCUACCUAUUCCCCUGCUGCCUCUCUUGAGGGUCUGAUACUUCCCCCUACUUCACAGGUCAUGCGCCACAGAACUGCUUUGACACUCAUUGGUGCAGACUCAUCUGAGCGUAUCAUUGCUCCCAUGCGUUGGGGCUUGGUCCCAUCUUGGUUCAAAGAAGAUGAUCCUUCCAAGCUGCGGUUCAACACUACCAACUGUCGUAGUGAUACCAUAAUGGAGAAACAGUCCUUCAAGGUGCCUCUGGGAAAGGGAAGACGCUGUGUUGUUUUAGCAGAUGGAUUCUACGAGUGGCAGCGAUGUCAGGGAACAAGCCAGAGGCAGCCAUACUUCAUCUACUUCCCCCAAGUCAAAACAGAAAAGUCAGCCAGCAUUGGUGCUGUCAGCAGUCCUGAGGACUGGGAGAAAGUUUGGGACAACUGGAGGCUGCUAACAAUGGCCGGGAUCUUUGAUUGCUGGGAGCCACCAGAGGGAGGAGACAGCCUGUAUUCCUUCACCAUCAUCACAGUGGAUUCCUGCAAAGGCUUGAAUGACAUCCACCAUAGGAUGCCUGCCAUAUUAGAUGGAGAGGAAGCAGUCUCUAAAUGGCUUGACUUUGGCGAAGUCUCAACUCAGGAAGCUCUGAAGUUAAUCCACCCAACAGAGAACAUCACCUUCCAUCCAGUCUCUACUGUAGUGAACAACUCCCGAAACAACACUCUUGAGUGUCUGGUUCCUGUCAACUUAUUGGUCAAAAAGGAGCUCAAGGCAAGUGGCAGCAGCCAGAAGAUGUUGCAGUGGCUAGCCACAAAAUCACCCAAAAAGGAAGGCCCCAAAAUACCCCAAAAGGAAGAGUCAGGUGUGCCCCUUUGGUCCAGCCAGUUCCUGCAGAAGCCAUUCCCCACCAAGAGAGGCCGCACUGGACUCCUGGAGCAAUGGCUGAAGCAGGAGAAGGAGGAGGAGCCAGUGGCCGAGGAGCCAGUGGCCAAGCGGCCUCACAGCCAGUAAUGCAGGACUUUCAAAGAUCAAGGUCAUGGGUUUGCUGCACUAAAUACUGCUGCUGCUAACAGAUUCUUGUAUUGUGUGUGUAUGGAUUGCUUUGGGAGGAGGUAGCACAAUAUUAGUUGACUAUUGUGGGUUCAUGGGGGAAUGGCUUCCCUGGCUGUGACCAAGAACCCACAGUGGGGCUGUGGGCAGCCUAGGAAGAAGCGGGGCCACCUCCAUCAACUCACAAGGGGUACAUUAUACCUGUGGCCCUCUCCUGGUAACACUGGUAGAACCUUCCCUCAAAGUCUGACCCUACUGCCAGUUCUCAGCCCCAACCUGACCUGGUACUGCUAGCAAAGGCCUUUUUCUGCUCAGCCUUUGGGCUCUUUCAGUCUUUUGCAGCUAAGUUCUUAAAACAUUGUUUUUGGGUUUUUUUCUGAAUAAAUUAUAUUUGAAAAACUGUC